GCUGUUACUGCGUUGAUCGAUGCUGGAGCACAAGUGAACAUGUCCGACUUCUCGGGCUUUACCCCACUCAUGGCUGCAGCUCUUUGGGAUGACUCUAGCAUCGCGGAACUACUGCUGGAGGAUGGUGCUGACGUAAACUCGCAGUCGAAUGAUGGAGAUACGGCUUUA